AUGUGCGUCAUCGAGACCCUGAAUUUCAAUCCUGUUCCAAGCGGCUCUCCAACUUGGCCUACUAUCCACACUUCAACAUCUUCUCUUGUUCCUCCACACAACUCAAACAACACUCUACAACUUCAAAACUACAUCCCACACCCCUCCAUCAUCUCCCCCACCCCAAACCAACCACACCAACCAACGCCAACCACAACCAUGGGCCUGCUCGACCCCUUCUGGAACGCCGUCGACACCACCGUCGCCGGAGCCGGCACCGCCGUCGGCGGCGCCAUCCAAUCCGUCGGCGACGGGAUAUCGCAAACCGGCCGCAACGUCGGCGACGGCAUCGCCGGCGCGGCCGGCGGCUGGGGCUCCUACGUCAACGACGGGGCCAACUACGUCAAAGACGCGACGGGCGCGGGCGGCGUACGCGUCGGCUCGGCCGGCAACCCGCUCGGGCUGGCCAAGAGCAAGGAGGCCGCGAGGACGGGCGGCUUCUCGAGCUACACGCCGUACAAGGGCGGCAACAAGGCGAGCACGAAGACGACGGAGCAGAAGGCGAUCAUGCCGGCGGCACCGAGCGCGGCGGGAAAGACGGAGCAGACGAAGGCGAGGAGUGCGGUGGGGGCGCAGGUGGCGGCUGAUGCGAGGGCGAAGGCGAUUGCGGCCGCCAAGGAGAAUUACAACAAGAAGAAGGCGGCCGGUGGGGCUGCUGCUGGCAAGGGACCGAGUGCUGGCGGUAACGCGGCUGGUCGAGGGGGCAAGGUGACCGGGAGGGCAGAGGCGUUGAAGGGCCCUGCUGGAGGCGUUACCAACGCCCCGACGAAGCCACCCGGGAACGCGGCUGGACGUGGUGGGAAGGUCGGAGGGACUGUUACGGGGAGAGGAGGUGGUGCUGCUGGUGCUGCGAAGAAGCCUGCUGGGACGGUCACUGGGAAGAAAUAG